AUGGAGAGGCUCAAUUUAGUCCAGAGUGGUUUCUUAACGAGACUUCCAACUGGUUUCCGAUUUGAACCUACGGAUGAAGAGAUCAUUCUUCAUUACCUGCACAACAAGGUCAUGUCCCGCCCAUUACCCCCUUACUUCAUACCAGUAAUCGAUGUCUGCAAAUCUGAUCCAUGGAAUUUGCCAGGUAAUUCGGAAAAGGAGAGGUACUAUUUCUUCAACACCCAUGAAUCUAUGUACCCAAAUGGGGACAUGCCCAACUGCUCUGGCUACUGGAAGGACAUCCGGAUUAAUAAAGAAAUUUUGGUUGUUAAGGGAACUCAGGUAAUAGUGGGGAUGAAGAAAAUCCUUAUCUUUUACACAGGAAACUCUCCCUACGGUUCCAUGACAGACUGGAUUAUGCAUCAGUAUAGCAUACCUGCUUCCGCCGCCGCCGAUGGCCCAGGCGGUUCAGUCAUCAAUCCCCUAAAGAAGAUCAAACUUUCGGAGGGCUCGAAUGAUGCUGCGGUCGCCAUGGAUGAUUACUACUGGGUUUUGAACAAGGUUUUUAGGAAACAGAUUAGUGAAAGGAUGAUGCGGUUCAUCUCCAAUCGGAACGCUGCUCCUGCUUCUUCCGAUUCCAGUGUGAUUACGAUCGAAAACUCUCCUACCCGUGAACCAGAUCAUCAGGAGGAGGCAAGCAGCAGGAAUCCUUAG